AUGGUGGACCAGUCACACCCGGCGCCGGAUAAUAUUAUCCAAGCAGACGAGCAAUGGGACAACGCGAGCGUUGAUGACGAGGGCGCUGAGGUGGCGAGUUCCGGAAGUUCCUUGACUUCGAUCACGUCCUCGGUGCUCCGAGGCAAGGUCGAGGAUGGGCGGGUGUAUGCCGUGUACGGCAAAGAAGACAUGUGCCACGCCAAGUACUAUGCCUUGCUCGAGAAGAGUCGCUUUAUCGCCCCGAUUGGAGAGAACCCCCAGAGGAUUUUAGAUCUGGGCUGCGGAACAGGGUGUGACGACAACACGCUACCCAAGGACAGCGCCCUCCAGAAGUUUUCGGACGCCAUGUUUGAGAGCACGAAGGUUUUCGGCACACCCAUCGACGAUCCGACACGGUGGAAGGGCUGGUUCGAGGACCGCGGCUUCGAGGAUGUCACCGAGGUCGUCUACAAGAUGCCGUGCAGCCCGUGGCCCAAGGACCAGCGGCUCAAGCUCAUCGGCGCGUUUGAGAUGGAGAACUUGCUGUACGGCCUGAGCGGGAUGGUGACGAGGGUGUUUGGGAAGGGGCUCAAUUGGUCGCCGGAGCAGGUGCAGGUGUUCCUGGUGGAUGUGAGGAAGGAGAUCAAGAGCCGGAACUUGCAUGUUUAUUGGCCCUAG